UUAAUUUAGUACUCAAUGGCAGCUUAUGGUCAAUGGCAUGGCGCGUGUGAUCAGUGGCAACCGGUCGACUGCGCAUUCGAGUUUGAAACAGCGCGCGAAGCAGAUCGCUUUGCGGUUACGGUCGUGUGCGUGAUACUUAAGACAAACAUUGCUAGUGGUGAUUCGAGAGUGAUGUCAAAGGAUAGUUCCAGGCUGAGCAGGUUGGGGGUCCUGGCUCCCGCUGCGCUCUCCGUGUGUAUGGACGCAUCGGUACUGGCUGUGCCGGCAGCUGGCGCUAUAGUGUCCACAGUCCUGAAGGAACUCAGCAAGGCUUUUAUGCUUAAAAAAUGGUUCCACGGUAUCAUGUCGGCAAAAGAAGCGGAACAUUUGAUGAUGGAAAAAGGAAAGAAUGGCUCUUUCCUGGUACGCGAGUCGCUUACUCACCCUGGAGAGUACGUGCUAUCAGUGCGCGUGCGCGGCCGGGUCAGUCACGUCAUGAUUAGAAAACAGGCAGACAAGUACGACGUUGGCAGCGGUGAGCAAUUUGAUGAUCUGGUGGGGCUGAUAGAGCAUUUCCGAGCGUACCCUAUGAUUGAGACAUCGGGCGAUGUCUUGCGACUCUUGCAGCCUGUCAGCGGGACCUGCCUCAGAGCCCACGACAUUGACAAGAAAGUUCAGGAAAUGGAUGAAUUUAAGAAGGCGGAUAGUGACAAUGGCUUUGACGGAGAGUUCCAGUCGCUAAAGAUACUUGAAGACAUCCAUGUCUUCACAACCAACGAGGGCUUAAAGACGGAGAAUGCAAACAAAAACAGAUAUCGAAACGUAUUGCCGUACGACCAGACACGUGUUGUUUUGCGCAAACGCUGUGACCGCAGUCAAUCGGACUACAUAAAUGCAAACUAUAUUAAAUCAUCACGUCUUGGAGACUCCUCGAGUUCCGUACAGUCUUCUAACGAGAGCUUAAAUAGUGUCACUUCCUUAAUACUCAGGAGCGAAACAAAGAAACCAGUGCCUCUGGUCACGAAAUCCUUAUCAGAUGACGCACUACGAGAGGUCAAACGAUGCAUUAAAUUCGAUAAAAUUAAUGGCAAUCGUUGGCGUUCCUUAGUAAAAGACAAAGUAUACAUAGCAACACAGGGCUGCCUCUCCAACACGAAAGAUGAUUUCUGGCGAAUGCUCUGGCAAGAGGAUGUUCGGGUUAUCGUUAUGAUCACUAAUGAAGUGGAGAAAGGAAAGAAAAAAUGCGAGCGUUACUGGCCUCUGUCUGGACACGAGGAAUGUUACGACGACUUGGUAGUGAAGUCGAUAUCAGAGACAUGUUACGAAGAUUAUCUCCUUAGAGAGUUCGACGUCUGUAACAAAACCACCUGUAGGACCAUUUAUCAAUUCCAAUUUACGGGUUGGGCUGAUCAUGGUAAGCCACAAGAGCCAGAAGGAGUUCUAGCUUUUAUGGAAGAUAUCAAUCGAAAAAUGUAUCGGAUCACUCAAGAGAAAGACGCUCCAGAACAGAAUAUAUUGUGCGUGCAUUGCUCUGCUGGCGUCGGCAGAACCGGAACAUUUAUAGUCUUGGACAUGCUCAUCGAUAAAAUAAAGCAAUCCGGCGUUAACUGUGAAAUAGACGUGCACAAUACUGUGAAGCUGGUGCGGUCACAGCGCAGCGGCAUGGUACAGAACAAAGCACAGUAUCGCUUCAUAUACCUCGCCCUUCAGUGCUAUAUCGAUAAGAAAAACAUCAAAAUAGGCAAAAAGGUCUAUACUUCGGAGGCCUGAACUUCAACCAAAAGACAGUGAACCAAAGCGCAUGAUAUUUAAGGAUAAGACUUACAAUUACUUUAGUGUUAGUUCAUAAUUGUGUUAAUGUGAUCAACAAUAUAAAGUUAAACAUAGAUAUAAUGGGACUGUACUCAAUAAUUGUCCAGUUACUCAUUAACUAAGUGAUAUAAGCAUGUUUUAAUUUUUUUGUUCAUUAUUGUAAUUUAAAUUAAAAGAGCGUUGUUGCUGUAA